GGACCUUCAAGAUCGUGAGCGGACGCGGCCGCAUAGAAAAGUCGACAGAGGCGCACGGGGGAGCCGUCACGUCUGUGCGGUGGAAUUAUGAAGGAUCGGCGCUGGCCACCGCCGGCGAGGACGGCUCCGUGAAGACUUGGUCGAGAAAUGGCAUGCUGAGAUCGACGCUGGUCAACGCCGGCGGGCCCGUCUACUCAGUGGCUUGGGGCCCGGAUUCCGACGUGCUGCUGUUCGCGUGCGGGUACGACCUCACUACCAAGAGCCUGCACUCGAGCACGCAGCAGUUGCAAUGGCGGGCGCACAAGGGGGUGGUGCUGCAG